AUGCCUUUUGACUUGUUUAGUUCGGUUUACUGCGCCAUACCUCUCUACGGGCGACCUUGGGACCUCCACUAUCUUGGUCAUCUCUUUCAUCUCCUCGCUUCUCCAGGGACUCCGUUGAAGCUUUUCGCAUCCACGUUGACACUGAAUGGCACCAAUGUGGCUACCCAGGAUGAUAAGAAUAUUUUCCUCAAUCUUGAAUAUUCUGUGUCUGAAUCCGGAUCGAACCUUUCUCAGGGCCAAAGGCAGUUAAUGUGUCUGGCACGUGCGCUUCUCAAGAAUCCCAAGGUCUUGAUGAUGGAUGAGGCAACGGCUUCUAUCGGUUACAGUAGCGACAGCAAGACCCAAGAGAUGUUACGGGAGCUCCGGGACUGUACAAUCAUCACAAUCGCACACCGGCUGCAAACCAUCAUCGAUUAUGAUAAGGUGCUGGUAUUGGACCACGGCCGCGUUAUCGAGUUUGACCAUCCCUGGACGCUGAUAAACAAGACCGAUGGCCUCUUUCGAAGUAUGUGUGAGAACAGCAGCAACAUGUAA